CGAUCAGCACUGUCCAUCAACAAGCCAGUAGGCAACCCUGAAAUGUGAUUCAGAGGAUUUACAAGUAAACAAAGAAAGAAAUUAAAGGAAAAUCAAAAUAUAAUGUCAAAACCAUCAAAAUCGGGUCCUCCAGCUGAGGGAAGUGCCCCCGCGUACAACUAUGGCAAUUCCGCGCAGUCCAUGGCCAUGCGAGCUCCUCCGCCAUCGUACGAGGAGAGCCAGCGGAGUGGCGGUGCCGUUGGAUACCCACAGCCUGGCGCUGUUCCUCUAAGCCAGAACCAGUACUAUGGGAUGAUAAGCCACCAUCAACAGCAGAUGCCAUUUAACGGGCAGCCACAGUAUGGAAUGCAUCAUGGAACUGGUUACGGUUUGGCAGGACUCAGUACUUCAGCAGGAGCAGCUGCCUCGCAGGUUCUACACUUGGACUCGCGGGCCGAGGUGAGGACAAAUGCCGCGGGAUCAGUUGUUAUUCCGCCACCGCCGCCUGGCUGUCUGCCGACCCCGGCUCAGUGGGCGGCCAUGCAGGGUCAGCCUGUGGUCCUAAAGCAGAAGAAGCGCUCCUUCUUCUAAGAUUACUGCAAACCAUACCCGUUCAUUCGAAUAUAUAUUCCUGUUACUCUCUAAAUGUUAUAAAAAUAAACGAUGCAAGCAGC